AUGGCUAAAUACAUAGGCCCAUGCUUGCUCCUGGUAAUGGCUGUGAUAUGCACGGUCAUUACCGUAUCUUCGGCGCGAGAUGUCCGAAAUAUAAAAGAUUUAGAAGUAUCCGGUUCUCACCAUCAUGGUCAUCAUCACGAGCAUGGCGGAGGUCAUGAACAUCAUUCUCAUCAUCAUGGAGAACAUGGUGAAAAAGGUCAUAAGGGCCAUAAAGGUCAUCAUCAUCACGAAAAGGGAGAACACGGUCAUCAUGGCAAAGAACAUCAUGAAGGUCAUCAUCACGAGCAUGGCGGGCAUAAGAAGGGUCAUCACGAUGAACAUGAUGAGCACGGCAGUCAUCACGAACACGAACACGGCCAUAAAGAGUCGAAAUUUGGCCAUGGAAAAGGCCAUAAGAAGGGCGAGAAAACUCACGGUUAUCAUCAUAAAUCACACAAAGAUGAAUUCCAUAAAGAACACAAAUUCUAUGAUGAUUACCACAAAGGUGGUCACCAUGAGAAGCAUGGCGAUCAUCACGAGCAUCAUGGUGGGAAGGAAGGCCAUCAUAAGAAGGGUGGACAUCAUCAUUCGGGCCAUCAUGAAGAUCAUCAUGGUAAGAAAGGUCACCAUGAUAAAGGACAUUUCGAUGAGGAUCAUCAUGGCCACCAUGGCAAACAUGGUCACGAAGAACACCAUCAUCAUCAUGAUGAUUAUGGAAAGAAGAGCGAGCAUCAUGGUGGUAAAAAGCAUGGUUUCUCGAGCGGUCAUCACGGUCAUCACCAUUAA